UAAUUGCUGAAACCUAAAUGGUUUGUUGUUGGAAACUGUAACAAAAAUCAAGCAGUGGAGUGAGAGACUGCGUGUUGUUGCGCUAAUACACYAAUUAAGAGAUCAAAAGWAUUGAUGAGUGGCURUGAGAGWCAGCGUGAGUAUGUUGSAAUGUGYUACCGUUUGACYUUCAUACUCAUUGCAAAUAGUGGAAUUUGGUGAACAGUUGCUUCUCCGUUAAAGUGUAGAAAAUUGGCAAACUGGACGAUGAAUUGUUAAUAAUUAAUUAAUAAAAUGUACUUAAAAGUGUUUUAAAAUGUUUAGUGAAGUGUUUAAAGUGUAGGGCAAGUGAAAAGUGUACAAAUAGUGUAGCGAAAAAGUGUGUUAAGGUGCUUAAAAAAACUUGUGUGCGAAAUCUAAUUGGAAUGCAAAUUGUUUGUGCAGUCGGUACGGUUUAUAGGAGUCAAAGGAAAUGUUAAAAUAAAUAUUUAAAGGUGACAUGUAAAACGAAAAUAUCAUGAAUGGGCAUCGUUUCGUAUACUAUGUAUGUAUGUAUUUUUAGUAUGUGCAUAAGUGAAUACGUGUCGAGUUCGGUUCGUUUUGAUUUACUUAUUUAUAUCGGUAUAAUCUACAGUAGUGCGCGGAAGAAAAGCGUGUAAGUAAUUAAAAAAUAUUAAAUAUCUAAUAAUAAUUAAUGAGCGGUAAAAGUGUGAAGUGCGGUAAUCGAUGUAUGCGUUCAUGCAUUGUUGUAAACAUUAAGUUCCAUAAACACUUUGCAAUGAAAUGACCAUAAUAUUGUGCUCAGAGGCGGUUAAUCCAUAUUUCCACAUUCAUACAUAUGUAUAUUAAGCAAAGAAUGCGAGCAGUAAUAGCAGAUUUCUUUGGUAGUUUCAUUUGAGUGAGUUGCUACAGAGUCCAGACGAAAUUAGAGCUUAGUUAUUUCAACUUGCCCUCAAAUUAAUCAGUCCCCUCAAAUACACAAACAACUAUAACUAACAGUACGGUUUCAUAACGGAAAAGUGUCUUUUGAGCCCAUGAUGAAUGGCAGUUCACAUUCAAUACCGAGGAGCAGUGAAACAGGUGCUGUAAAACAAACACAAUGUAAAAGGAAUGGCGCAAAAACAAGAAGCACGCAUGCAAAAAACUCGCAACGCACUUCUACUGCUUAUGCACUCUUCUUUCUCUCCCACUGUACUAUAUAAUUGCUGAAACCUAAAUGGUUUGUUGUUGGAAACUGUAACAAAAAUCAAGCAGUGGAGUGAGAGACUGCGUGUUGUUGCGCUAAUACACYAAUUAAGAGAUCAAAAGWAUUGAUGAGUGGCURUGAGAGWCAGCGUGAGUAUGUUGSAAUGUGYUACCGUUUGACYUUCAUACUCAUUGCAAAUAGUGGAAUUUGGUGAACAGUUGCUUCUCCGUUAAAGUGUAGAAAAUUUGCAAACUGGACGAUAAAUUGUUAAUAAUUAAUUAAUAAAAUGUACUUAAAAGUGUUUUAAAAUGUUUAGUGAAGUGUUUAAACUGUAGAGCAAGUGAAAAGUGUAUAAAUAGUGUAGUGAAAAAGUGUUUUAAAGUGCUUGAAAGAAGUGGUGUGCGAAAUCUAAUUGGAAUGGACAUUUUUUGCGCAGUCGGUACGGGUUCGUUCGUAUGUGUUGUGUGCGUGUAUGCAGACAAGAUGCAACAGUAGUAAAAAAAUGUGCUACUUAAAUUUCAAUAUUAUGUGCUGCAUAAAUUUAUUAAAAUUAUUAUUUUAGAAAAAAUAAGAGAAGUCAAAAGAAAUGUGGUAAUAAAAUAUGCCCUGCAAAUCGAAAAUUAAUAAAAUUCUGUCGUGAAGGGCCACAUGCAUAGUAAUGAACGGGUAUCGUUUCGUAUAUUAUGUAUGGUAUGUGAGUACGCGUCGGGUUCGGUUCGUACGUAUCGGUAUAAAGGGUAGUGUGCGGUAGCGUGUGCGUAAUUGAAAAAAAGAGCAAAAUAUAGUAAGAAUUAAUGAGUGGUAAACGUGUGAAGUGCGGUAAUCGUUGUAUGCGUUCGUCCAUUGAUAUAAACAAUAAGUUCCUUAACGACUAGGCAAUGAAUGGAGGUCCAAUAUAGCAAACAAAGGCGUCUUAAUUUUCAUAUGCGGCAGUAUGCAAGUAACAGGUGAUAGUUUUGUUGCAACUACGAAUACAAAUACACAAAAAUAUGCAGCAUUUUCGGCAUUCAUAUGUGACGACGACAGCCAACAGCCGACAGCAAACGAGAAAAACGCUUGCCAAAUGAGACUGUAGGCGGAAAGAGGAAAGCUGGCACUGCUCUAGGCGCAAUUUCUUAAAUCAAAUAUGAAAGUAUGUGUAAUAACAACAAAAAAUAAUGCACAAAGUCCAAAAUAUUGCACGAAAAAAUUAAACUAAACUAAAGAAAUGCGAAAUGUGCGGCAAAAAAUGAUAAAGUGCGUGAAAGAAACAAGCGAGUGAAACUGUCUAAUACAAAUACCGUUACAUACAAACUUGUAUCAGUAAAUCGUGGUGUUUUGUAAAAGUUAAACUUCAUUUCAGCUGUCUGUGUGUGCUUUCAUAUAAAAGUGCAGAAUUUUUACAUAACUCAUGCCACUGCAAUCAUGAGCAGACAUCUAUCUACAUUGACAUGUUUGACAUAUUGUGCUGUUAUUUUGUAUUUGCUUUGUAUGCUGUUUGACAACAAAAGCAAGGACACGGCCCGAGGACAGCAGUGAUUUUCAUGCAGCACAGCACCAUUAGACAAUAAUAAAAAUCAUGGCAAUACUACAACUUCAGCGACAACAACGACCACAGCAGCGACUGAUAACAAAUGUUGAGAUAAAACUCAAUUUUUGUAGAUAAAAAUUCGUCUAACAAAUUUUCAUGCUAAGUGGCUAUAAUCGAAACUACCAAAGAAAAAAUAUUUAAACUCAAACAGAGCACAUCCAAACCUCGACAAGUUGAUUUCCUCGCUAUAGUUGGAGAGCACGUGAGCCAAAAUGUGCUCGACAACACAAUUCUGUUUGCUCAACCUGCGCACAUAUUUAAUUUAUUUAUGCUGCUAUCUGCUUAUAAUGGUGGCUGCAGGUAGCCGUGUAGUUGACGGUUUAAAGUGUUAUUGUAAUCCGAAAGAAUGUGAUGUUAUACGUUCGCUGGAUUGUCCAGGCAAGGGUAUGAUGCUGUGGGACCCAUGCAAAUGUUGUCGCAUUUGCGCCAAAACACUUGGCGAAACUUGUGGUGGUCCGGGUGGAUUCUCCGGUCAGUGUGAACCACCACUACAGUGUGUCACAAGAUUGCCCAUUUCCAGCGGUCUAGGCGUUUGCAUGGAUCUCCCCUCGUCAUCAUCCUCCCUGCAUUCCACAUAUCACAGCAGUAAAUACAAUACGAAUUGUACAAACGAUGAGACAAUAGUGAUAGAGCCUGGCUGCGAAAUCACCAAUAAACGCUGCCAAUGCUGGCCAACGUUGCGCGUGUGUAGCACAAAUAGUAUCGACGAUACGGAUGCACCGGCGACGACAGAUAUACGAUGGCAUUUCAAGACCUUGGAGGACUGCCAGUUAAAUUUACAAAACCUGAUCAAAAUCGAAAUGGAAUUCGAUGAAGAUUACACAAUUUCGCCGAGCACCACUUUCACAUAUAAAAAAUUGCGAAGGAAGCGCAGAGCGUUAAGGAAACACAGAACGACCAUUAAACACUGAGUAAACAGCGAAUUGGGCAUUAUUCCUGUACAACCACUUAGACACAACCACCAAUAAACCCUAGACAGAACUUGCUAAGAGCAUCCUAUUGCAAAAAGACGCGCAGUUAAUGAACGAAAUAAAGUUAAAUUUAAUGGCAUAGAGUUUAAUAUUAACAUAACAUAAGUGAUAAGAGAUAUAUACCAUAAAUGAGUAAUUAAGCAUAAAUGUGUGUAAAUGUGGAAGAGAAGAGCAAAUCUAUACUAAAACUGAUGAAAUAUUUGUAAAAAGUAAUUGCUGUAAAAGUAUUAAAAAAAAUAAUAAUAAUUGAGUAGUUAGGUG